GAAAAAGUAACCCCCCAACCCCCAUUGAAUUUAGCUACAAAAUUCAAAUCCCUAAUAUUUCAUCCGAAUUCAAAAACCCCGUUAGUUUUCUCUUUUCUUAUUCCUUCCAUAAUUAGGGUUUUGUUUGGUUUUUGAAUUGAAACCAUGAGAGGUUCUCGCAAAGGCAAUCGCAAUGCCAAUGGCAAUAACGAUGGCGAACUCCGAGCUGCGAAGAGGGAACGUCUCAGUGAAAAUGCUGAGCAGCCACAGAGCCCCGUCACUCGUAGGAUCAUUCGCUCCCAAUUCCUCAAACUCAAGACUCUCAUCAACGAGAAGAGGGAUGAUUUCAUGCGCACCGAUUCCGACAAGUUCGACUCCAUCUUGCAUGAGUUCGACAAGUUACACCACCAAGUUGAGAAGCCGAGAGAACAGGUUGCAGAUGCAGAGGCACUGUUGGAUCUCACGCGCACUCUGGUGGGGUCUGUUAAGUCAAUGGCCAACGAGGGUGUUACCCCUUCUCAAUUUGUUGGCUCUUUACUCCAAAAUUAUGGCCAAGCCCAACAAAAUUCAAUCAAUUGGCAAAAACUUGGCCUUGUUGUUUCCCCCAUUUUUCUCUCUGUUCAUGGCUCUUCUACUAUGCUUGGUCCCAUGGACAAUGAGUUCAAGCAGCGCAAAACCGGAGUCCCCAGAAAGCGACCUCCUCGCCCAACUGUAACCACCAAGCCUCAACAGCUUGAUGAGGCUGUGGGAGAGGAAAAAACUGAUACUGACAAAAACAUGUCAACUAUGUUUGACAUUUUAAGGAGAACGAGACGAGUCCGGCUUGAAAACCUAAUUUUGAACAGAACGUCUUUUGCUCUGACUGUGGAAAACUUGUUUGCACUAUCAUUCUUGGUGAAAGAUGGCCGUGUUGAGAUCAGUCUGGAUGAAAAUCAUUCGCACUAUGUUUCUCCUAGAAAUGCUCCAUCUGCCAACUCACGAUCAACAAAAGAAGCUAGUUACAGUCAUUUUAUAUUCAGAUAUGAUUACCAAGAUUGGAAGUUGAUGAAGGAUAUGGUACCUGAUGGCAUGGAGCUAAUGCCACAUAGGAUUCAACAUUGCACCACUGUGGACUCUCGGGAAGAGUUGGGACGUGACAAUUCCCAGACAGCACUGGCUGUAACACCUAUCAGGAAGCUAUCACGAAACCGGGGACUGGUUGUUCAGGAGGAAGGUGUUGUUGAAGAAUCUCCAGAAUGUGAUGAGGAAAAUGCUUCCAGGGCAGCUGCUAUCCGAAGGUGUAAGCGUAAGCUUCAUUAAGAAAUCGCGUAUUAGGUACCAGAUCAACUUGACAGUUUGCAUCGCUAUGUUUUGUUCAGCAUAUCAAACUGAGUUUUGGUAAUGUAUAUAGGAUGUAAAUAUUUGUAGAUCCAUAGUAGCAUGCAAGGCCAGUUCUGUUAUGUAAGUUCUCAUAAUGCGUGAUAUAUCUCCCUUUUUGUUUUAUUUCCAUGUGCCUCUAUGGAUCCAACUUGUCUGAAGAUUUCUGCAUUACUUUUUAAGUAUGUUGUAUUAGUCAAGGAGUUAGUUCCUUUAAAAAGAGUAAAUUACAGAGUAAGAAACUAAGGAUUUAACCACCGUUUGUUUAAAGUUAAUUAUUAUAAUGAGAUACUUCAGU